AUGAACCCGUUCUCUUGGUGUUGCAAUAUUUCAAGCUUUGAUUGAUUCUCAGAAUCUCUCGCCGUCUCUCUCAAACCCUAAUCUAACGAAUGAAAUAAAGUGAAAUUGAAAGGAAAAAAACCGUUCUCUUCACCAGACCGGUCGGACCCUAACUCGGGCCAGGGUUCGUUUGAUUUACCACGACCGUCCGGUCCAAACCUGAAUCUUGGUUCGGUAGCUUUUCCGGUUUUUGAAGAAAACAACACUUGUUUUUAAAGUGCAGGAAUCAUUAAUCAAACACUCACACGCAUAAACCUCUUAGAAUGUUUGGUUUUUGUGUUUCCUCCGUCGCCGCCGCCGCCGCCGCCACCACCUCCGUCGCUUCGACUCGUAUUCUCUUUGCAACCCCUUACCCUCAUUCUUCUUCUCUCACUUCUCUACAUCACUUUUCUUCCCAUCCUCCCACAACUUCGGUUUCUUCAUCUUCACAACGAUUCAGGUGCAUUCCCAUCAGAGCCAUGGCUGAAACUGAUGCAAUAUCUGCUCCAAAAACAGGAAGCAAACAAGCUUUGAUAUCAUUGUCAGACAAGAAGGAUCUUGCAUUGGUUGGAAAUGGACUCCAGGAAUUAGGGUUCACUAUUGUUUCAACGGGAGGAACAGCUUCUGCAUUGGAGCGUGCUGGAGUAGCUGUUACUAAAGUUGAACAGCUUACUCAUUUCCCUGAAAUGCUCGAUGGCCGUGUCAAAACUCUGCACCCUAACAUACAUGGAGGCAUCCUUGCUCGAAGAGACCAAAAACAUCAUAUUGAUGCUCUCAGUACACAUGGAAUCGGUACUUUUGAUGUUGUGGUGGUGAACUUGUACCCAUUUUACGAUAAAGUUACAUCAACGGGAGGCAUUGAAUUUGAGGAUGGAAUCGAAAACAUUGACAUUGGUGGUCCAGCCAUGAUUCGAGCUGCUGCAAAGAAUCACAAAGAUGUUUUGGUAGUUGUUGAUACGGAAGACUACCCCGCGCUUCUGGAAUAUCUUAAAGGAAACCAAGACGAUCAUUUUAGGCUAAAGCUUGCAUGGAAAGCUUUUCAGCACGUUGCUUCGUACGAUUCUGCAGUAUCAGAGUGGCUAUGGAAGCAAAGUGUGGGAGAUAAAUUUCCUCCUAGUUUGACAGUGCCACUUUCACUCAAAAGUUCUCUCCGUUAUGGUGAAAAUCCUCAUCAAAAAGCUGCAUUCUAUGUUGACAAAAGACUCGCCGAGGUCAACGCUGGUGGAAUUGCUACAGCCAUCCAACACCAUGGAAAGGAGAUGUCAUAUAAUAACUACUUGGAUGCUGAUGCUGCUUGGAACUGUGUGUGCGAGUUCAGAAACCCCACGUGUGUAGUUGUGAAGCACACGAAUCCUUGCGGUGUAGCAUCACGUGAUGAUAUUCUCGAAGCCUACAGACUUGCUGUUAAAGCUGAUCCUGUCAGUGCAUUCGGCGGAAUUGUAGCUUUCAAUGUGGAAGUUGACGAGGUUCUUGCUAAAGAAAUAAGAGAAUUUAGAAGCCCGACCGAUGGGGAGACAAGGAUGUUCUACGAAAUAGUGGUUGCACCCAGCUAUACAGAGAAGGGACUUGAGAUUCUUCGCGGAAAGUCGAAGACUCUAAGGAUUCUCGAAGCGAAAAAGAACGAAGCAGGAAAGCUUUCACUCAGACAAGUUGGUGGAGGGUGGUUAGCUCAGGAUUCAGAUGACUUGACUCCACGCGACAUCAAAUUCGACGCAGUCUCAGAGAAGACUCCUCAGGACGGUGAACUUCGCGAUGCAGAAUUUGCUUGGUUGUGUGUGAAGCAUGUCAAAAGCAAUGCUAUUGUGAUAGCUAAGGACAAUUGUAUGCUAGGUAUGGGAAGCGGCCAACCGAACCGUGUCGAGAGUUUAAGAAUAGCAAUGAGGAAAGCUGGAGCUGAUGUUAAAGGAGCAGCCUUGGCUAGUGACGCUUUCUUCCCAUUCGCUUGGAAAGAUGCUGUGGAAGAAGCAUGUGAAAGUGGAAUUGGUGUUAUUGCAGAACCAGGGGGAAGUAUAAGAGAUCAGGAUGCUAUAGACUGCUGUAAUAAGUAUGGUGUUUCACUACUCUUCACCAAUGUGAGGCACUUCAGGCACUGAUCAAAUACUAUUAAACUAGUGCUUUUGAAACCUGUUUUUGACAUCAAGUAGCGGAAUUUUAUCGGCAUUGUUAAAUAACGGCUAUCAUGGUGCUUUAAUGUAGCGGAAUUUGAACAAAUAGCUAAUAGUUAUCGUUCUACGAUACGCCAUUUAGCGUUGUUGUGUUAAAUAACGGCUAUCAUGGUGCUUUAAUGUAGCAGAAUUUGAACAAAUAGCUAAUAGGUGCUUUAAUGUAGCAGAAUUUGAACAAAUAGCUAAUAGUUAUCGUUCUACGAUACGCCAUUUAGCGUUGUUGUGUUAAAUAACGGCUAUCAUGGUGCUUUAAUGUAGCGGAAUUUGAACAAAUAGCUAAUAGUUAUCGUUCUACGAUACGCCAUUUAGCGUUGUUGUGUAGUAGAGUUUGAAUAAAUUGUUAUUUUCUCAUUGAGAUUGACAA